AACGCAGACGCGCACUGCGGUCACGUGGCGCUCCGGUGACGCUCCUGAUUGGCUGUUGGGAGUCAAUGGGCAGCAUGGCGGAGCCGUCCGUCCGUGUGUCCGGUAUUGUUUUAUCUUCUCUGAUGUUCCAGCAUGUUCACAGUGAUUCAGACGUGGAAGGUCUCAUCCUCGGGGAGAGUAAAUUCGAAGAGCAGAUCACCAUCAGUGACUCUCAGUCAGACCACAUUCACAUCGAGGAGAUUUACAAUGUCCAAAAGCACGUGGCCUGCCACAGACUGAACCACUUUUACGACAGCGUAGGAGAGGUGAACGUGGACACACUGAAGAAGAUCCUGGGAGACAAUAAGCAGGACAGCGUGAUUGGUUGGUACCGACAGCGCAGGAACACGGAUCUGCAGAUGACCUUUAGGGAAAAGCUGGUCCACGAGAAGCUGAAGAGCGCUCUGUCCAACCCUCACAUGAUCUUUGUGCUGCUAGCGCCCAGCAAGCUGACGCCUCCGGGCUCGACUCACAGGGUGGAGUUCGCCGCCUUCAUCUCCCGCAGCAGGCAGUUCAUGAACGUCCCCGUGCUGGUCAACAACCUGGGUUUGCUGGAGCAGCUGGCUUACUGGAAGGUGUCGGCUCCGUGCUCGGCGGCAGGUUAUAACCUCACUAUGAAGAAACACAGCUCCAAAUUCUUCUCGUCCAACGGGCUGCUGAGAGAAGUCAACGAAGUGAACAGGAUGAACGACUCGCUGCAGUCUGAGCUGCAGAAAGCCUGCAGGGACGUGGAGGAGAGCGAACGCCUGGUUGAGACGCUGCAGGCUGAUGUCUCAGCUCUCAGGAGGAGACUCAGUGAGAAGAAGCAGAGCGAAGCAGGAAAAGAGUCAGACGACGAUCCGCCCGAGCAGAAGAACCUGCUGCUCUGCGAGGCCGUCAGAGUUCUGUUCGCCAGCUCUCCACUCUUCACCACUCAGACGUUAACCCUCGACGCAUUUCCUGUUCCUGAUGUCUGCUGCGGCGCUGAGCAGGACGUGGACGUCUCCAUGGCGACAGCGAUCCGCUCGGACACGACAGACUCUCAGGAAACUCCCUCCUCGCUGCACCCGAGCAGGACAAACUGUCGGAAGAGGCCGACAGAAAUGCAGCCGGUGAGGGAGAGGAAACGCAGGAAGAGCAGCUCGUGAUGUUUUCGUUGGGUGCGAAGUGAGCGUGAAACUGAUUUUAAUGUCACUGAACGCAGUUUGAAUUUCACGGUUCAGUCACAUGAAAUGUUUGGAGGUAUAUCAAGAUGUUCUUUUCUCAGCUCUGUGAAGCUGCCAGCUAAAUGCUAACCUGCUGUUGUUUAGGUUGUGCAGGUAUAGCAUGUUAGCAUGUUAACAUUAGCUGAUUAAGAAUAACAGAACAGUAAAAUUGUGAAUAACAAUAAUAAACACAAUAAAACAUGCUAA